AUGACUCAUGGAAACUAUAGAAUCUUUCGCUCUCGAAUGGUUCGUGAAGUCAAAGGAAUCAACACUAAGCCCUACGAAAAGUCUCGACUUGUUAUUCAAGGACAUAACGACUUUGAGAAGACCACCCUCCUGACGCAAUCUCCGACAAUUCAACGCGUUAGCCAGAGACUCAUCCUCGCUAUUGCCCCCGGACUUCUUCAAAACUACGGCAUAACCCUCUCCCUCCGUGAUAUCACUCAGGCAUACCCGCAAUCCCAGACCAAGCUUUCCCGGACCAUUCUUACGUAUUUGCCCACGGAACUACAAGGCAAAUACCCUAACGGAACAAUUAUUCGUGUUAUUAAGCCCCUGUACGGUAUCGCAGAAGCCGGAGUCCAUUGGUUCCGCACAUAUCAGCAGCAUCACCUCGAAAAGCUGGAUAUGUCUACCUCCACCUAUGACUCCUGCCUACUGAUUUCGAAUACUGGCCCUGACACGCUCGGUAUUGUUGGAAUGCAAACUGAUGACACCCUCAUCCUUGGAACGAACAACUUUUCUACCCGUGAAGAAGAAGAGCUACAAAGGCAGAAUUUCGUUCCAAGCCCAAGACUGACAUCACAUACGGAACAACGGUUGACUUUAAUGGUGCAAGACUGA